GUAGAUGUUUCCUAUAGAGUGGGGGAAGGCAGCCCCAUUGAUUCAGAGGUUUGGAAUUUGCAUCUGAUUGCUGUUUGUCAACCAAUGGUUUGACUCCCCGACCGCGGGCACCGCCUCAGAUUAGACGCACAUAUGAUGUUACUGCCAAAUUAACCUCUAUAUCGAAAUCAAAUGAGGAAGCGAGAGGUGAUUUAGAAAGAGUACAGUUCAUACGGUUUCUAUACGUUCUCGUAUGUUCGUGACUGUAAUUAAAUAUUGAAUAAGAGAGCGUCGCGAGCGUGUUGUUUUUACGGGCAAAUCAGGAAUGUUCCUUCCGCUUCCCAAGAAAAAAACUAAACGGAAGUUAAACUGGUAGGCCCCUGUUUGUAGGGGAUCAUCUUCCCCUUGGCUGUCUGCGGGUGUCUGCCAAGUAGAAAACCAACACUUCCUGUUUCUUGAAGUCUUCUGGAUCAAGUUUAUAAAAAGCAGUCCUGUUUGUUUUCGGUUUUGGGGGGAAGUGAAGGGGCCAGAAUCCCAGCUUGUCCUGUUUCCCAGGCAAUGAAGCUGCAGGCGGUGAUGGAGAACCUGCACAGGCAGCAGAGAGCCAAACUGCUGAUGGAGCAGGCGGGGCAAUCACACAGCCCCGCCCCAAUGGGGGAGGAGCUUAAAUCAAUCUCUGCCUCUGACACAGAGCAGGCACAGAUGGCGGCGCUAGCAGCAAUGCGCGCAGUAGCAGCUGGACUUCAGAGGGCCGACAGCCCCAUGUCUGAACGUAGCAGUGGAGGAGAUGAAGAUGAUGAAGAGGAUGAUGAAGAGGAAGGGGAGGAGCGAUACAAAGAUAUGAUGGGGUCUGAGGAGGAAGAGCAGAUAAAACAGAAAUGGGAUGAAGAUGACUUUGAGGGUGAGAUGGAGGAAGACUACGAUGACGAUCUAGGUGACGAAGGGCUGCCGUCGGGCCGCGAGGCCGUCGCCCCAGGCAGAGGCAUCCUCCUCUUACCCCACCGCCAUUUACACCCUCACUCCCAGCUGCUAAAGGCUCGGCCUGGUUCUGAAACAGAACCGCGAGCGUUGACCCACUCCGCUCAUUCAUCCCAUGGGCCGCUCCAUGGGCAGGACCACGCAGACUGGACCUAUGAAGAGCAGUUCAGACAGCUCUAUGAACUGGACAGUGACCCAAAGAGGAAGGAGUUCCUGGAUGAUCUGUUCAGCUUUAUGCAGAAGAGAGGGACGCCAGUGAACAGGAUUCCCAUCAUGGCCAAGCAGGUGCUAGACCUCUACAUGCUGUACCAACUGGUGACAGAGAAGGGGGGGCUGGUGGAGGUCAUAAAUAAAAAGUUGUGGAGGGAGAUCACGAAGGGCCUGAACUUGCCAACCUCCAUCACAAGCGCUGCAUUCACUCUCAGAACACAAUAUAUGAAGUAUCUAUAUCCUUAUGAAUGUGAUAAGAGGGGUCUCAGCAAUCCAAACGAGCUGCAAGCGGCCAUCGACAGUAACCGGCGAGAGGGACGCAGGCAAGGUUUUGGCAGCUCGCUCUUCACCUACUCACCCAAUGGAACACCCACCAUGCUCUCUUCUCCCAAACUCCCCAUGCAACCAAUGGGCAUCGCCCUGCCCAGCAACGGAGCCUCCGUCUUAUCCUUACAGAAAAUUAAAAAAGAGGAUGACGGGAUUCAGACCCGUCUGCCAGUGUCUCUGGCCACUCAGACAGUAGCUGCGGCCCAGGCUGCAGCUGCACAGGCCACGAUCGCACAGGUAGCUGCACUGGAGCAGCUGCGGGACAAGCUGGAGUCCGGCGAGCCCCCGGAGAAGAAGAUUGCACUACCACUGGAGGAACACCAGCGGCUACUGCAGAGAGCCCUGCAGCACAACCUGCUGGCCAUGACGGCACAGCUCCCCAUGAACAUUCGCAUCAACAAUCAAGAGAGCAGAUCAGACUCUGCCAUGAACCUGACUACCAAUGGCUUAAACAGCAUCAGCAUGUCUUUGGAGCUUAAUGGUGUCGUCUACACCGGUGUUCUCUUCGCCCAGGCCGCGGCACAGACCUCAUCGGGGGCAUCUAACAAAUCUUCCGCAGGCAACAGCGGGCCUCAAUCAGUUCUCCACACACCUACCUCAUCCUCCUCCAACAACCAAUCGCCAUAGCACCUCAGACUCUCUCCCUCAAAGCAAAACCAAAACCUCAGUUACUACAGAAGAUAUGCCAAAAAAAUAGUGCAGGAAUAACUGAACCGUUCUCAACUUGAAGUACACUAGCUCAGGUCUUUUAUUUACACUCUCCUUUGUUCAGGAGCCGAAAGAAAUCUAAAAUAACAACAGAGUUUAUUAUAAAGAUAAUGAUAUAUAUAUAAUGUAUAUGCAAAACCUGUGAAUAAUUUAUUUCUCUUUCUGUGAGCACACUGUCUGACGUUAACAAGGCAGUAGGAUUCUGCUUUUUAGGGUUUUAUAGUCUCUGACUGAUGAAAGCUUUUCAUCUAUAAGCAAAACCAUAACAAUAGUAGUAUUGUUAUAACGUGUGAUGCAAACAGCUUAAGGGUCUGAACUAAUAAUAUAUUAUUAUAGAUUUUAUUUUCUCUGUAUAUGUAUCUGCAGUGCCUUGUGAAGGUUUUUCCUCCGCACAGUUUGAAUGUGCUGUUGACAGGCGAGCGUCUAAACUUCAGCGCUAACACAAUACAAUACAAAUGAUGUGAAGGUUUUGUUUUUUUUUGACAAGUAUUCAACCAUUUGGUUUCCCAUCUCAGAGGUCAGAUGGUGUCAAUGAUCUUAAUAUCAGUCAUGCUAAGGAACUCAUAGGCAUGCAUUUGUAGAUGUAUAGACUUGCGUUCAUAAUGUUUUCAUUAUUUGUGUUUUUUUUUAUAUAUAUAUUUGCCUUUUCACGACUCCUGGCAAACUCUGCAGGCUACAUUCGCCACGAGCCUCGCAAAGGUGGCUGAGGUAUUUCAGGGACCGAACGACGUUACCUGGAACUGCCGCAGCCCACAAACUCUUUUGGCCCAUAGUUGCUCCAAAGUAGAAAGAGUUCAGAGGUUGUUUUACCUGUUUGUGUAGAAUUUUGUGUAGCUUUCACUCAGAUCAGUGGUUUGGAUGAAAAUAAUCACAGUUUGAUUCAAAGCAUGACAGUUUAAUAAUACGUUUGUUUUAAGAUUUGAACAAACGAUUCAUCUCGUGUUUGAUUACUACACUAACUGAAGAUUUAGUUUGUCACUUCAUCGGGUCUUUUAGCUUAAUGUAAUGCAGUUUUGAGUGUCAUUGAGGGGUCCAACGAUGUAGCUUUUGCUUCAUCAUGCAGGGCAGUUUCUGAUUAUGUAAUUUUAACAAAAAAAAAAAAAAAAAACGCGCAAAUCAGAGAAAAUUCUAAUUACAAUGGGAUAUUUUGCAAGUGUCUCGAGCAGAAUGAAAUAUUCUUUUCUAAAAGGAUUUGCUUUCCUUUGUUUAGAAAUAUUAGAUCACACCCUUCAAAGUUGUUUUCAAUCAUGUCAUCAAGGUCUUUUUCCUGUCCUCAUCAACAUGUAGCUGCAAUUUAUGAAUUAUGUCAAGCUCUUCUAGCAUUACACUGUAUGCAAGGUCAAAAAACUCACUUGGAGGGCAUCUAGGGGUAACGCUUUCUUUUGACUGACACAUAGUUGUCUAGCAACUACUGUCUUAGCUCAUGUGAAGGUGAAUAAUUUAUUUUGCAUUUCAAGUUAGUUGGGUGUUUGGAAAAUAGGGUUUCCAUAAGCUUAAAGCUUUAUUUAUAUCCAAAACAGAUUAUUUGGAGCAACUUGAAGUUAAAUGCCUUGAUCCUUUAUUUGGGAUCAAACUUGCGGCCUUUGCUUUCACAGCUGAUAUCCUUAACCGUCAAGCUACCACCUCCUCUUUUUUUUUUAUUUUAAUGCUCACUCUUGAACCCUUUAUUAUUCACAAGGACCAUAGCUGCUGUACAGGAAACAGUCUAGGAAAUGUUAUUGUUUCUUUCUGUAUUGUACAACUGUACAUAUAUAUUUUUCUAUUUAUAUCAGGACAACUCAUUAUCAUAACACACUUUAAAGUCAUUACUGCCAAAUCUCUACCUCAAAGACUCAUUCAUCAGCUCAGAAUCGUUUGCAAGCCUUCCCAGUUUGUCACUAUUCACAUGGAUUUACCUGCUGUGAAGUAGAACAGGGCAUACAUAACCCUUUGUAUUCAACUGAAUAUAUUAGCCAUGAUAUCUGAUUCUUACUCGUAAUUGUAAAAACGCCACACUGGGAUCAUGGCAUUUUUCUUCUAUGCUUAUCUAAAAGAGAACCGUUUCGUCUGCCAUCCUGAGUUUUAGAAUCAAAUUCUCAACUUUAAGUGAUCAUGUAACAGUAGUUCUUUAUUGUAAUGGCCUUUACCCGGUUUUCCGAUCAGAGAUGCUGGGUUUUUUUCCCUUAGGAAACUAUACUGUUACUACACAGAGUAAGACAGAUACACAUAACACCCGCUUAAAGCAGUUGGUAUCCAUAAGAGGGGUGUCAGAUCUGUUUUCACUUUGAUGUAUGCCUUAAAAUAUGCAGAUUUCAUAAAGUAAAUAUAGCAUGCCAAUGUAGUCAACUUUAUUGCAAGGACAACCAAAAUUGCUGUACAAUAAAACUUCGCUAUUAUUGCAGGAGGCCUUAUUGAUAUUUCUUUGUUAGCUUUUCUCUCUUCACAACUUAAUGUUACACUAAAAAUCAAGAAAUUCACGUGUCCAGUACAUAGACAGCUGUGAAAUUUAGGUUUUACAUUAUAAUAAGGCAUUUGUCGUCUUCUCAGGAAAUACAAUUCUACCUCUAGUUUUACAGAUAUGUUCAUCUUAGUGCUGUGGUCGCAGUGCAUGUACCAUUUAUUUUACCCUUUUAUAAUGGUAAUGGUAAAUGUUCCCUUGGCACACUGACUCAAGGAUUUUUAUUAAUUGCAAGUAUAUGUAUUUUUUUUUUUUUUUUAUCUCUAUAUCCCUUUCUUAUGUGAGUGCUUUUGAGUUUUGGCUUGCUUAGUUUGAAUCUGAAAUUGCUCCUCGGAGAGACCAGCUUUUGGUUACGGUGCUGAACACACCACUGAUGCACCAGUCUGUGUAUUUCCACUUGUGCGUUUUUAAAACGUUUGAAUUGCGUGUCGACCUCUUGACUGCUUCUAUUAGGGGUGAAGGACAGAGACAAUCCUAACCCAUUUAAUCUAUCUAUUGAUAUGUAACUGGGGGAAAGGGGAACCAAAGAAUGUCACAUAAGUGCUGUUAUGGCCGGAAUAUUAUAGAUUCAAAAUACUCUAUAAUCUAGGAAAUAAUCACACAACAACUGUACCUCUCUCAGUCUGAAUACUGAAAACCCAGAUAAUGACAAAAAAAGACCUCAACACAUAUUCAAAACAAAAUGCAGUUAACAGAUGAAAUUGAAUUUUUCUUUUUUAACUGAAGUUAUUUGCCUUUUUUUAUAUAUGUUGUAAUGUAAUGGUAAUUCUGGCGCUUCAGUUCGGGUGUGUCUAUUUUUUGUUGUUCAGUACGUUAUUGCCCUGUUUAAAAGAGAAAGUUCAUGUUGAUGAGUUUUGUUGUUUCAGAGUUUGCGAAAUGUACUCUCAACGUUUACAUUUUAUAAUUGUCAAGCAUCAGAUUUUUCAAUGUUUGAUUUUUCAAAAUUGAGAUCUUCAGCUGUUAACAUAGACGUUGAAUACAAUAAAAUGUAAUUCUGA